AGCAGCCCACAAAAUCAUCUAACCCUUUCCUUCUCUGAUUCUCUCUCCAUCUAUGCCUGCCAGAACCUGCAACCCUUUGACUUAGGUUCCCCACCCACACACCACCCACCACCCUCCCCCCCCUUUUUUUUUUUAUGCUAUUCUCUCUUUUCACAUCCAAGAUUGCAAUCCCUUCACUUCCUUCCUGAUGGGUUUGCAAUUCAGAAAGUUGUUAUCUGAUUCUUACAAUAUAACCUCAUCACCCGACCCAGGCUCCUGUUCACAAGCCUGUGAUUCAUCAGAUGAUGUAGAUUGUCAGACUCAGAUAUGUUGGGGUUAUUGCUAUGAUAAUUGCCCAGAUAAACUCCCUUUCACCCCUACAACCCACCAGACAAAGCCCAACAAGUUCUUGAUUACAGGUAUUGUACUAGCCUCUGCUUUUUUUCUUGUUUUCUGCUAUGCUAUAUAUUUCAAAUUCUAUUCUGGGUCAAGAAGGAGAGGAUCGAAUUCUGAGGAGCAAAGAAAUGAGAUCCAUGAAGAGUUUCUUGAUGAGGAUCAUGGCCCUGUGGUUGACCAUCCCAUCUGGUAUAUAAACACUGUUGGGCUACAGCCAUCGGUGAUUAAUUCUAUUACUGUUUGUAAGUAUAAGAGAGGUGAUGGGCUUGUUGAAGGAACUGAUUGCUCUGUUUGCUUGGGUGAAUUUCAAGAAGAUGAGACUCUUAGACUCUUACCUAAGUGUAGCCAUGCUUUUCAUAUCACUUGUAUUGAUACUUGGCUUAGAUCGCAUACAAAUUGCCCUAUGUGUCGUGCCCCUAUCAUUGCAAGCCCGCCGAGAGCAACAUCAUCAGAGGGUAAUAGUGCGAGUGCAAGUGCUGGAGAAGAUACCCAGAUCGCAGUUUUAGAGAAUGAUGGAGAAUCUGAAAGAGAAAUUGAAAGUACAAAUGGUGAAUUGAGUGUUGGAACAGAAGAGGAAGAAGAAUUCCAUGAUGAGAAUAGAAGGAACAGAGUUGAAGAGUUGAAUGAAGUGGAGGAAGGGAUACAGCCAAUGAGAAGAUCUGUUUCUUUAGAUUCUUUAUCUGCUUUCAAGAUCAGUCAGGCUCUUGCUAAUAUUCGUGCAGUAGAAUCUGAUCGAAUUUCAGGUAGAGAAUUGGCAAAAGAGAAUGAAUCCAAUAUGGGAAUCGUUUCAAAGAGAGGUGGUAACAAUCAAAGCUUGCUAAAAUUCAUGGCUAGUUCUUCUAUUGGGAGGUCUUUGCAAAUUGGGCCAAGUUCAUUAAAGAGAUCACUUUCCUGUGGUGGAAAAUUGUUCUUGUUAAGGUAUAACAGGAACAGAAACUCUGUUCUUCCUCUGUGAUGCUAAAUCCUCCUCAAUGGUGUCCUUUAAUGAGGUGAGAAAUCUGCAAACUGAGAUCUUUUCAAACUUCUCCACAAGAUGAGAGUUUUACAUACUGCAAAUACACACCAAAAUACUGUAAUAAUGAAGACAUGAAAUUAUGAUCUAUUAAUCCUAAACUGGAUAAUGUUACUUUUUUUACAAUACCAUGUAAUUGUAAGUAAAACUUUUGUUCUUACAAGUGAUUGUGCUUUUAUGCUGCA